AUGGCCGCUCGGCCUCUGCUGCUCGCCGUCCCGGCGUCGGUGAGGGGCCACGUCAGCCAGAGCCGGAUGACGAUCCGCUACGCCAUAGGGAAGAACACCACCGAGGGCAUGACCCACAUGAUGUGCAUCGACGGGACGGAGGGUGAGCGGCCCCCGCGCCCUCCCAGGCACCAGGACAGGCUGGGGUGGACCUGCUGGAGAGCAGCUCUGCGGAGAGGGACUGGGAGUGCUGGGGGACGACAGGGGGUAACCCGUGUCCCUGGUGCCUCCCUAGGGCGGACCCAUCAGCUCCGGGUUCACUGCAGCGCCGUCGGCCACCCCAUCGUGGGGGACUUCACCUACAGCCACAAGAAGGACAGCGGGCCCUACAGAAUGAUGCUCCACGCCUACUACCUGCGCAUCCCCACCGGCAAGGAGCUCAUCGAGGUCUGCGCGCCCGACCCCUUCGUCACCGCGAUGGACAGCAACUGGGUGCCCCACCGCGUCGCUCACCGCCUGGAGGAGACCAUCCAAGAGCUGAAGGAGAAGGCGACGCGGAAGGGCGAAGAGGAGGAGAGCCAGGAAGCGGCGCGUGAUGGCGGAGGAGAGGAGGUGCUGAGCGAAGCCAGGAGCCCGGAGACGGAGGAGCAGCGAGCCCGCUGCCAGCAGUGGUUGGCCGAGUGGGCUUUGGAGUGA